CAAAGAGUCGACGGGCGAAUGAAAAAAGAAAAGAAAAGGUCGAAAUUCAAGAUGAUCCUAAAUUCCCCUAGAAGGUUUCAUAAAAUGUUAUUGAAUCGUAUUAAAUGGAAUAAAUCAUGUUAAACAAAGGUGAUACAGGAUGAAACUUAGAAUCAUAGUCGGCAUUGUUAUCGCAGCUAUAGCGUAUCAAAUAGGAUCCCUGAUUGGAACAGAUUGGAGAGAUGAAGAGGCUGUCAGAAAUCUCAAGAACCCAUUUGAAGAAAUCGGCGCGAAGAUUCUGCGUCUCGGGAGUGAUUUGCCGGGGCUGCGACUCAUGUACGCUUCUGACGAUGGCUUUCCCCUCGACGAACUCACCAUCUGGGACAGCCUCUUGGGAUGCCUCUUCUACUGCUUAAGCUUUAUUGGUCUGCUUUGGAUGACAACUCCUCUACCAGACAUCCAGGUUCACUUGUUCUUUAUCGUCAGUUUCGAGGAUCGAGCUCUAGGACCUGAAGACAGAGAGCCUCAAAUAUUCCACAUCCCCAUGUGGCAUCCUGCUGGGGGAGAGGGACCUGUUCUUAACCCACCCCCACCACCUCCUCCGGCCCCACCUUAA